UUUUGGAACGAAUCGUGGCAGGAGCAUGUCUUGCCCAAAGCACUAUGGUACAACUCCUGUUGUUUUUAAAUGUGCUUUACAAAUAAAUAUGACUUCACCUGACUUUCCAAAAGCAACUACUGCGCUCUGACUUGAGAUUAUUCAUCAUCCUUGUUUAAAAAAAACAGAAUGCAUUUUUUAGAAGAAACUAUAAACUUUGUGACAGCCUCUUUUCCCGUCAUUGUGAAUAUGAUGUGAUUUAGUUAUGGCUGACCAGAUGAGAUGAAAAUGGUUGAUGAGGUGCAGAUGAGAUGAACAUGGUUAUGGUUAUAAGGUUAUUUGCACUUAAAUAAAUCGGCUUCUGGGAAAGGUUUCGAUGCUGUUAAUAGGCUAUGCCUAUAACACUGUAUCCAAGCGCUGUGUCCCGCAUCUUGCAGAUUUCUUUUCCGCAGAGGCACUACAGAAAAUCUGUACGGAGACAGAGGACCCCUCCCCGACAGACUGGUUGCUUUGGUGCUCUCUCGGUCGGACCUCCAAUUGGCUAGCAGGCGCGGUGGGCAGGAGCUCUGCCUCCCCUCUCGCUGUCAUUAGCGGCAUCCAGAAACGGAGGAGACAAUAGGGAAACAGCAAUAAGCCUGACAGAGGCAGCGGAACGAUAGCACCCAGCAAGGUGACACACUGCUAUGCGUUCAGUAAUUGAUCACCAUUUCAACGCGGAGAAUUAAACCAUAAAUACAUGCACUCGAAGACAGCGAGCGGAUACCUAUCGUAUCGUGACUGAGUGACUUUCGUGACUGCAAUAUGUCCUGCAUAUCAUAAUCGACUUGAAAGUGUCCACUUCCUCCAGAUCUCCCAUCUUGGUUCUCGGCCUCCCCCUCUGGAAGCAUGACCUCGUCCUCCUCGCCUCGCGUCUCUCGCGCCUCCAUCGACAUCCUGGAGGAGCUGCAGCUCAUCGCCGCCCAGAACAUGGAGAAGCUGGAGAUCAAUAGGUACUAUGAGGUCAUCCGCGAGCUGGGCAAGGGGACCUACGGGAAGGUGGAUCUCGUGGUCCAUAAAAUCAGAGGCACUAAAAUGGCUCUGAAGUACCUGCGGAAGAAGACCACCAAGCUGAAGAGCUUCCUGCGGGAGUACAGCAUCUCACUCUACCUGUCGCCCUGCCCCUACAUUAUCAACAUGUUUGGCAUUUCCUUCGAGACAGACGACUACUACAUCUUCGCUCAGGAGUAUGCCUCAGCUGGCGACCUCUUCGACAUCAUUCCGCCCCAGGUGGGUCUCCCUGAGGUGGUUGCCAAGCGCUGUGUGCACCAGGUGGCCAUCGGUCUGGACUUCCUCCAUGGCAGGAAGCUGGUGCAUCGCGAUAUCAAGCCUGAGAACGUGCUCAUCUUCGACCGCGAGUGCCGCAAGGUGAAGCUGUCGGACUUCGGCAUGACGCGACGUGCGGGCUCACCGGUGAAGCGCGUGAGCGGCACAAUCCCGUACACAGCGCCGGAGCUGUGUGAUGCCUCACGACGCGAUGGCUUUCUGGUGGAGCCCAGCACCGACGUGUGGGCCUUCGGCGUGCUGCUCUUCUGCAUGCUCACGGGCAACUUCCCCUGGGAGAAGGCACUGCCCUCGGACGCCUUCUACGAGGAGUUCGCCCGCUGGCAGCGCGGCCGUUCGGCCCAAGUGCCCUCGCAGUGGCGCCGCUUCACGCCCCAGGCGCUGCGCAUGUUCCGCCGCCUGCUCGCCAUCCAGCAGGACCGCCGCUGCUCCGUCAAGGACGUCUUCGCCCACUUCGAUGACUACUGGAUGCUGGACACUGAGAACGGGAACGUGCCCACCGUCGUCACGACGACGGGAGUGGCAUCGACGGCGGUAUCAUCGGCCGGGGCGGGGGCGUACUCCUCUCCCUCCUCUGCAGGCGGCAGUGGUCCCCCUGCUGAGCUCAGCAGCUCUUCAUCAUCUGAGGAAGACGAGCUGGUCGAGCGGCUGAAGCAGCAGAGCCUCUCGGCCGUGGUGACCAAGGGCGGCAUCAUCAUGGAGGCCAUGGCGGCCUCACACUACUCCUCCUCGGCCAACAGCUCGCCCGCCUCCAACAACGGCUAUGAGCGAGCCUCUCGCGACAGCAACGGCAAUGGCGGCCGCAUCCUCGUCACCACGCCCAUCGAGAUUUGCGUUUAAAUGUCGACGGCCUUUUUUUUGGUUGAGGAAGCUGUGAAGCAGAUGCAGUUUAGAAUACUAGUGAAGCGCUGACCACCUUGGGGUCAGGAGGCGAGGAGAGACGAGACAAGACCGGUGAGACUGUGUAUCUGGAGCUGGAUGACUGACAUGAAAAAGGACAUGAGCUAGAUUAGCCAAGGUAGACAUUUAACUUUGUUUUCCAUCCAAAAUUCCCUGUGACGCCAUGAUGGAGUUUUGGGGGAGAGAGGAAGACAAUCACUGCUCAUCAACCCUGUGUGUGAUGGAGGUGACAAGAUGACAUUAACACACAUAAUAAUACAAAACUACAACAAUUGAGACCAAACCGCAUCCCCUGAAAACUGAUUGGGAGGACGAGCAGGACAGCUGCCCUCGUUUGUGCUGCAGUGGAUCUGGCCUGAACCUAGUUUCCCUAAAGCAAUAUGUCAAAACAACAUUGUGCUUUGACGACCAAACAGGCAAACCUUCAAAAAUAAACAACACAAAAGAAGCAACAAAUUCAGAAACACAGGGAUGGAUGCUUCUGCAGAUGAAAACGAUGUAAAGUGGACAGUUCUGAAUCAACUGUUAAGUUAUGCUUGAUUAUCAAUUUGUAAUUGCAAUGUCAACAGUGCUACUACUGUGUUUAUAUACUUGCGUGUUUGUGGGUGUGAGCUCAUGCAAGUGAUUUUUUUUUUUUGGUUUGGUUUGCAAAAUGUAUUUACUUGAAUCUCAACCUUUAUUUGUGGCCAUUUCAUUUUUAAGCAGUAGCAUUUGGGUUUUUAAAUAACUAACCUUUGUAACUAACCACCACUGCAGUUAGUAAACGUCAGUCAAAGCCUCAUCAUUUGGUUUACCAAAUGUGAAAAGCACCAUUACGUAAGAGGUCAUUUUGUAAGAUUGGCCCUGCAUCAUCAACUCCCCUCAACCACUGUCUGAGCUGUGGAAACAACAACAAAUACCGGCCAGUCUCACACUGAACCAUGAAAACAAAGGGACAAUGUUUGUUUAGGAUCCAGAGAAUAGGGUUAUGUUUACAUGCUUGGGUUUGCUACUUUAACAAUAAGGUAGGAUGUAUUUCUUUUUUCUGAUGUCACUGAGUUAGGACAUAGCAUGGUGUUGAGGGCUUGAGAAGACUUUCAUGUUCACAGGUGUACAGACACACUCUGGAAAGGAAACAGGGAGGAUUUCAUUUUGUUUUUCCUUCUUUUUACUCAGGUAUAUCACCAAGCCUUUAAUUUCUCAUGAUACAAAACAACAGUUUUCUUUCAUGUCGUGGCUCGGCAGGCCAAUAACUGAUGAUUAAAGCACCAGAAUCUCUAAUCACUUAUCAAACUGGACUGUCCUAUCCUCUGUAAAGGCCAGUAAACUUCCCUUUUCUCCCCCAAAGCACUUGACCCCCCCAAAAAACUUGCAUAGUUCCUAUUAUGUAAGAAAUGUAUACUGUAUACAGUGUACUGCCAAGUUGCCAUUUGCAGAGACAGAGAGGAAAUGCUGUAUGUCACAGAUUGACAGGACACCUGCAGAGAGUGUUGCGAUCCAUCUGCUAAGAGUGAUUAAUAUUCUCCCUCCCGCCACAUACAGUGCUGUUUGAGCUCUAGCAUUUGCAGCAUCAUGCUAUACCUGUUCUCUUUACCCUGAACAUUUCCUUCUGUGUCAAACAGCAAUCAAAUGACUUAAGAACAUCUUGCCCACAUGGAAGGAAACAUCUUCUAAGUCAAAAACUGGUAUUUAGAUCAGAAUAUAAAAACAUCUAAUGAAGCAUGAAUCAUUCAUUACAUUUAAAUGAACCCUUUCCAUUUGUUGUUUCAAGAAUCACAUUGCUAUUCACACAGGACUACAGACGACAUCCAAUCUAACUUGCCGAUUUGACAGAUAACAUAAAGGGCUUGAUUUUGAGGGCAGCAAGACAUUGUUAAUAUGCCGCCUUCAUCUCCACUUGUCUAAGUACUGCUGAAGUGUCCCUACAGUCAGCUCGCAAUCAUUUACUUCCGUUUCUGGUUCCUUGAGAAAAUCAUGGAAAUGAAUACGAGUCUGUUAGGAGAGCUCUACCUUUGAAGAGUAACCCCAACCACAUUUCAUAAUUAGCCAAAAUGAUACAAAACCGAGUGUAUUUCAGUGCCUUGUAUAACAUACCAAGUCACAAAUUCCUACUAACUGCAGACAAUGAAAUGCACAAACUCUGAAUACAUUUAGUUUGGUGAUUGGUGGCCAAUGAAAAGUAAUGAUAGCUUUUAUGGCUGGACAUCGAAAGAGAUCUCCUUAACUUCAGGAGUACUGGACAAGGAGUAAACCUAUUGACAAGUUAACACUACCUUACCACCCUCAAAAUACAGCCCCAAACAUCUCAAGAUAAUCCUUAAUGCUCUGCUAAUUCUUCCCCCCCCCCAAUUCAGUGUUUCAGUGAGUGAGGCUAAUUUCUUCUUGGAAAUUCUCAAUUUUCUGUAAAGCCAAGGAUCUGACAGACACUUUUGAUUUUGUUCUUAUCAAGGCAUUGGAUGAUUUGACCCCACUGUCUAUUUUAUACAUGUUUUUAUGGGGUCAUCAUUUGUAUAGAUGUGUUGAAGCCAAGGGCAUUUUUUUUUAAACUGCAUGGUAAAAAAAAUGGUAAACCGUACUCCAACCUAUGACGUCUAUUAUGUGAUGAUAUUUUUCCGUAGCACAAACUUGCAUCACUAUAUAAUGUUCUGGAUGUAAGGGUUAUUGGUUAUUUACUACCUGGUAUGCUGUACCUGUAUUUCUACUGUACACUAAGAGAGUAAGAGUGCGUGUUGAAGGCGCCUACCGAAAAUGAAGACGAGAAUAUCUGAUUUCUGUCGGAAUGUAGGGAAGUCAGUUCACUGUCCUGUCCACCAAAGUGAUGGAUUAACCUUUGUUGGACCUCCUGCUAUGCCCUCAGUUACUUUACUAGGAUGAAAUCUGAGCAUGCGACAAGGAUGGACAUUCAUGAAGAUAAAAUAAAAUAAAUUAGAAAGAGACUGAUGCCCCCCCUCCAAAAAAAGGCUGGAGUUCUGCAUUUCUUUCUGGCAAUGACGGUGUGUGAAGGAACAUUUUUUUUAAACAAACCUUGUAUUUGUUUGUUUUUUGAAGAAAAUACCUGCAUGAAUAAAAUACUGUUCUGAAAAAGACACUGUAGAAAUAAAUACAUAGCCUUCUUGUCAAAAGUGGUAGAGGUCUUUUAUUGUAGCAUCGGUAGAGCCAAACUUAUCCAGAUUCCAGAUUCUCCUCACAACUUUGAGAAACCACCAAUUCCAGUUUUGCUACGGACUGUGGUAACUCUUUGUGCAAUAGUCAUCGUCUAUGGAAUUCAGUGGCUCACAAGGAUAUCUCUACUCAUGUCAAAUAAAAGGACAGAAACCUCAUUGUCUUUCUUCAAACCAUGACUCCAAGCAGUCCCUGUGGGACAAAAAAACAACAAACAAGAAAACGGUUUUAAGAGAAAGUCGUCAUGGUGUACUGUGCUAUUAGAAAUGUUAUGAAACCUCCUUGUCUCUCUGAUGCAUCCUCUUCAUGUGCCGUCGUGUGGUGUGUGGAGGAGUAGUGUGUAGAGAAAAAAAAGUGUGUCCCUACAGACCUCUUGUCUUAUACUGCAGAGCCAUCUAAAGGCAACCUGUCCUCCCCAAGACUUUACUUUUUCCUUUCCUCUCAUUAAAGAUGAAAUAAAGUAAA